AUGACUCUACCCCUGAAAUACUCGAUCUUCCUCGAAUCUCUCUCGCCAAACAGAGACAGAGAGCACCAGAAACUUCCCCCUUUCCUUGCAUCUCCAGAGAUAACAGACUUAGUUGGUACACAAAACUACAGUGGCUUGAGUGUGUUCAGCGUCUCCCCUGUGGAAGGGACCAUCUGUUUCGGGAAGUGUCAGGAAUUCACCGUCACCUUCAGCCCUGAUCACGAGAGCCUAUUUUAUUCUGACUGCAUCCAGGUGGUGAUCUUCGGCAAGGAAGUCAUCCGUGUGAUCCAGCUGAAAGGGGCAGCGAGGAACCACAUGAUGUUUGUGGAAGGAGGUGACCCAUUGGAUGUGCCCAUCGAGUCAUUGGCCAUAACGACAUCUGUGGCUGAAGAAGCGGCCAAAUCAGAAAGCGACAGGGCUACCAACUCCAUUCUUCUGAACCUGGAGUGUGUUCAGUCGGAGACCUUUGUUAUCCCAGCCAUAUGGGAGCUGAAAGUCGGAGGGAUACGCACUGCCCAGUUUGCCUCAAAGAAGAAUGUUGAAUACAGCUGGGAGAACAUGCAACUUCUGCAGCUAAAAGGAUUCACUAUCGACCCUGUGAAAGGCACUGUUGAGCGCGGGCAAACCAAAUCCAUCAGUGUUUCUUGGGUGCCCCCUGCUGGAUCAAACCCCAAUCAGCCGGUGACGGGAUCAGCCAUACUGACUGUGAAAGGCGAUGUUAAGGAAGUGUACAGCGUCUACUUCAUGGGCAGGAUUGUGGCCAAGUGAACUGUGACCAAGCUGAGACUCCACCCUCUCCUUGGGAGAGUGAGGUCGUUCCCGUGAAUCUUCCAGAGCAUCCAGAAUUGAAGUCAAAGAUAACAGACACUAAAUGAAAAAAAGAAGAUUAUUUUUC